AUGGCGUGGGUCAUACUCUAUCACGUCUACAAGAUUGACAACAUUACUCCCGCCAUCAACUGGGAAACAACUGUUCCUUCGAUGACUGAUGACUGGACGACUGUUCCUCUGAUAAGUGGCGGGAGCCUCGCUGUGGACUCGUUCUUCCUGAUGAGCGGCAUGCUGGUGGGCUUCGGCUUCCUGAGGGAGCGCGCCCACGGCCAGCCCUUCGGCCUCUUCCGUUUCUACCUGCAGCGCUACCUGCGCCUGACGCCCCCCUAUGCCGUAAUGAUUUGGUUCAUUGCCACAUUCUUGCCUCGGCUUGGCAACGGACCCCUUUGGUCUGAGGAGAUGGUGGUCAACAGUGAGCAAUGUACGCGCAUCUGGUGGCAGAACUUGCUGUAUGUCAACAGCUACGAGGUUAGGCCUAACGUGUGCAUGGACCACACGUGGUACCUGGCAGUGGACAUGCAGCUGUUCUGGGCAUCACCGUUGCUGCUAUGGGCACUGUACAAGUGGCGGCGGGCUGGCCGCGUUCUGCUGUUGGGCAUUGUGUUCGCCGCGUCUGGUGCCGCCUUCGCCAUCACCUUCUGCUGCAGCCUGCCCUGGGGUGAUAUUCCUGGCCUCCCACACGACCAGUGGGCGGAGUAUAUGUUGCUCAUGUACGUCCCCACAUACUCGAGGAUCGUGCCCUAUGUGACUGGUGUGGGUCUUGCUUGGAUCCUCUUCUACAGCAAAGACAAGAAGGGCUGGAUGAAUGAGGUGGCGGUGAGUGCCUGUUGGACCGCGUCGACGGCCCUGGCGCUGUUCUCCACGUACGGGCUGCACCUCAGCUACCACAGGCCCUACAGCAGGCUGGAGGCUGCGCUGUUCGCCACCCUGCAGCCGCUUGCCUGGGCCCUGUCCAUCUCGUGGGUCAUCUAUGCCUGCGAAAACGGACGUGCAGGGCCAGUGAAAACCCUUCUGUCGUGGCGAGGCUUCCAGCCACUAGCUAAACUGAGCUACUGCGUCUACUUGGUACAUCCAGUCAUCCUCUUCUACCACUGGGGGAUUACGAGGACACCUAUCACCUUCGGGCGGUACUAUAUUGUCCAGAAAGCACUGGGCGUCUUGCUGUUGGUGCUUCCGGUGGCAGCGAUCCUCUCGCUGAGCUUUGAGAUGCCUGUCCUCAAUCUAUCUAAGGCUUUUCUCAAUCCAGGUGAGACACUAGCAAUAGAAACAUAG